CAGGAAGCGUGGCGGCGCCGGGCGGCAGCGGGCGCCCUGCAGCAUGGGAUAUUCACACCUUGCUCUGAAUGGCAGCUUGGUGCCCGGGGUGACCAUGCAGAGAACACUCAGACAGCAACAGCACUUCAGGAGCAGACUGCAGGACCCCAAGGAGCCUGAGAGAUGGAGCUCUACACUGGGAUGACUCCUACAGCCUCCACAAUCCAACACAGCCACAGGACAGCUAUGGAGGAGGAUUCCUGAUUAGUGAACCUGACAUAAGCUGCCGAGAUGGACCAAGGAGAAGAUCAAGAUUAUGAGGCCUCAAAGGACAUGGGUGCUGAGAUCGAUCCCUUUCUGAAUCACUUUGCAAGCACAGAUCCACAGGACUUGCUGGCAGCAGAAUCCGUAGCAGAAGAGGAACAGCUGGAGAACGGUGAUGGAAGUCAGUGUGGUUCCACAGAGGCACGGCAAGGUGACCGCAGGGAGGCAGAGGAGGCUAAGCUGUCUUGCUCUGCUAUCAGCCUGGUGAAAAGACAAGAGAGAAGGGUGGGAGCACCACAGCGAGCCCCUCGUGCAGAGCGGCCCACCAUCUGCUCCGAGUGUGGCAAGGGCUUCAGCCGGAGCAUCCACCUCAUCCAGCACCAGCGAAUGCACACUGGAGAGCGCCCGUUCCUGUGUGGGGAGUGUGGCAAGGGCUUCAGCCAGAGCUCCCACCUCAUCCAGCACCGGCGAGUCCAUACCGGCCAGAAACCCUACACUUGUGCAGAGUGUGGAAAGAGCUUCAGCCAGAGUUCUAACCUCCUGAAGCACCAGCGCAUCCACACAGGGCUCAAACCCUAUAUGUGCAGCGAGUGUGGGAAGAUCUUCAGCGAUAGCUCCACCUGCAUCAAACACCAGCGUAUGCACACAGGCGAGCGGCCCUACAAGUGCUCAGCCUGUGGGAAAAGCUUCAGUCAGCACUCCCACCUCCUUCAGCACCAGCAGGCCCACAGCGGUGUCCGGCCUUACUCUUGCGGUCAGUGUGGCAAACGCUUCGGGCAGAGCUCCGACCUCAUUAACCACGCUCGUACCCACACCGGUGAGAAGCCUUACAAGUGCAGCCAAUGUGGCCGGGGCUUCAGUGGCAACUCCAACCUCAUCAAGCACACCCGCAUCCACACGGGUGAGCAGCCAUACCGCUGCGGCCAGUGCGGAGCAAGCUUUCGUUUCCAGCCCCAGCUGGUGCGCCACCAAAAGCACCAUGCAGUGUAGUUGGCCACGUGGAUGAUGGGCCAUGGACCUGGUGCCGUUGGAUGCUUCAUACGGGGUGUGAACUGGGGCAGGGAGCCCUCAGAGCCUGUGUCCUUCUGGGUUGAUCAGUCUGUGAGCACUGCCUAGGCACUCAGCCUGCACUGAAUGAACUAGCGCAGGUUCACUGCGUGGGGUAGCAGUUCUCAGCCCCUCUUUGGGGGAAGAAAGAUACUUACCGUGGGGUAGCAGUUCUCAGCCC